AUGUCCACCCGCCAACCCGCGCGCCCGCGGCGCAUCGACGACGCCCUCUCGCAGCUCGUCGACUCCCUUACCCCUCCGCUCUCAUUCUCCGACAUCGACGACGGCUACUCCGACGACGCAGAAGAAGCCCUCGCGGCAGCCGAGGAGCGACGACACCAAGAUAUCCUCGAGCGGUCAUGGCGCAUCCUGGACACCUACACGAGCGCCGCCAACAAUGAUCCGUCCUCGCCGCCGGGCCCCGGAAUAAACAGACGAGGAAGCUUAGCAGGCGGAGAGAACAUCAACAACGCGUCGGACCUGAUUAAGCGGAAAUUACUGCGCGAGAAUGCGAGCCCCGAUAAGGCGGUGCGGUUCUCGAAUCUUUACUCGCGUCUGUUGACGCAGCCGGUGCUGUCGCAGAAAUGGGCCAUCCUGUACUUACUUUAUCGACUCUCCGGGGCGGAUGAUUAUGAUGGGUUUGUUAUGGAUGACGAGGUGAUGGUGGAGGCGAGGAGUCCGCCGGUCGAGCCGGCGAAUUUGCAGAAUGUGCUUUGGAAGGGCCAGAGGACGAAACAACAGGGUUGGGGCGCUGGUGAUCAGUCGGAUGAGGAGGGUCCGGCGAUUAGCUCGUCGGCGUCUCAGUUGCCUGGGAGGAUUGAGAGAAAGGCUUCGGUGCGACGGCAGGAAUUGUUUGCGGAUAAGGAGCGAGAACCGGAGCUUGAUGGGGGGUUACAGACGACGGAGAGGGCUCGAGAGACUCGGGUUACUCGUAGUCGGGCGAAUACUGGGGUUAGAGAACCGUUUAGUGAUGAUCAGAAGACGAUAAUGCCGGAUCCUGGUCCGGAGAAGGAGCAGAAGCCUACGGGGCCGUUGGAAGAUGGCCUUCUUCGUGAUUUACCGUUCAAUUUGCAGGGGUUGUCGUCCUCCAAUUUGCAAUUCUCCUCAUCGUCUAUCUUGAAAUUACCGCCGUCGCUGCCUUUGCCUGUCGUUUCGCUUCUGAAUUCACUUGCAGAGCCCUGCCUUCUAUAUCGUGGGUUGUCGUCCUUUGUUGAGAGCUCUGGCGGGGGCCUUUUGAGCCAGAGCUUGCGGGCAGCUCUCUCGAAUGAACUCCGCUCGUAUCUGGGCUUAGUUGCUACGUUGGAAGGGGAGAUUCGGCGGGCGUUGGCUGCGCCUGCAGACCCGAAUGAUCCUCGGAGUGCCGCUAAGAGUGGUGUGACAUUGAAGCGAUGUGUUGUCUGGACGCGAGAUGCAACGAUGGCGCUGCGGUUGAUGAGUCUUAUUGUUGAGGAAGCUCAGAGUAUGUGCUCCAACUGUGAAUGGGCAGUUAUUCAAGCUAACGUUGAUAUUACAGACAAGAAAGGUGGUCAACUGAUCUCUCUAAUUCAUGGCUUCUCGACGUCUCAUGGCGACCCCUUCGUAUGCGCUCUGGCAGAGAAGCUUCUCAACCAUGUCACCCGGCCCUUCUACGAUAUGCUACGGCUUUGGAUUUACGAUGGCGAACUGUCCGACCCCUACAAAGAAUUCUUCGUUGUCGAGCCAGAGUUCAGGCCCAGCACAGACCCACGUCGCAUUGCAACCAGUGUUUGGGAGGAUAAGUAUAAGCUUGACGAUGAGAUGGUACCUUCCAUAAUCACACAAGAACUUUGCAAGAAGGUAUUCCUGAUCGGAAAAUCAUUGAACUUCAUACGAUAUGGCUGUGGAGACUCGGGGUGGGUCGAAGCCUACUCGAAGGAAGCGUCCAAGGAGCUGCGGUAUGGCGAUACGGCUACCCUAGAGUCUUCGAUUGAUGAAGCCUAUAAGACUACGAUGGCACGACUGAUCUACCUUAUGGACGACAAGUUCAAACUAUUCGACCAUCUUCGAGCGCUGAAGAAAUACCUAUUGCUCGGACAGGGUGAUUUCAUCGCCUUGCUGAUGGAGUCAUUAGCGUCCAACCUCGACCGGCCAGCUAAUUCACAGUACCGGCAUACACUGACUGCCCAGUUGGAGCACGCCAUUCGAGCAUCAAACGCACAAUACGACUCCCCAGAUGUCCUCCGUCGGCUGGAUGCCCGCAUGCUAGAGCUCAGCCAUGGAGAGAUUGGCUGGGACUGCUUCACCCUGGAAUACAAAAUCGACGCCCCAGUAGACGUGGUCAUCACACCCUGGGGCUCCACUCAAUACCUGAAAGUCUUCAAUUUCCUCUGGCGAGUGAAACGAGUCGAAUUCGCCCUUGGCAGCACCUGGCGACGAUGCAUGACGGGGGCCCGCGGCGUCCUAGGAAGCGUCAACGACAAAGUCGGCUCCGACUGGAAACGAGCAAGAUGCGUAAUCGCCGAGAUGAUCCACUUCGUGUGCCAACUGCAAUACUACAUCCUAUUCGAAGUGAUCGAAGCAAGCUGGGACCAACUACAAGCCUCCAUUUCCAAGCCCGGCUGCACCCUAGACGACCUAAUCGAAGCUCACACCAAAUACCUCAACUCCAUCACCCACAAAGGCCUCCUGGGCUCCUCCACUUCCUUCAAAAACAACACCUCCUCUUCCUCAACCAACUCGAAACCCCAACAAGAAGAAGGCUUCCUCACCCAACUCCAUCAAAUCCUCAAAAUCAUGCUCGCCUACAAAGACGCCGUUGACGGCCUUUACUCCUUCUCCGUCGCUGAAUUCACCCGCAGACAGGAACUCAGCGCCAAAAUAGAAACCCGCACCGCCCAGGGCCGCUGGGGCCUCACGGACCGUGACCUCCGCCGUCCCCUUCGAGGCCAUAAGGACUCCGUCUCCUCCUCUAUGUCCCCCUCCGUUGCUGCUUACACGCCCAACAACCUCGCCGGUGGUGGCGCCGAUGACUUCGGUGGCAUCGGCACCCCAUCGUCCCUCAACCCCAAUGACCUCUCUGCGGACGAUCAUAUGCUUGCUUCCCUGCGUGUCCGGCUCCGCGACCUCUCCGCGGAGUUCCGCUCCCGUCUCAAUGUCCUCCUAGGUGAUCUUGCUUACCAGCCUGAUGUGGAUAUGCGGUUCCUGGGCGUUGUUAUGAACUUCAAUGAUGUGUAUGAACCCGUGAGGAGACGAAGGACUGCGGGAUCUAGUUCCCGUGAUAAGGAGAGAGCGAGACGUAAGGCGGCCGCUGUUGCCGCUGCGAAUGCGAAUGCUGCUGCUGAGGGUAAUGCGUCGUCGUCUAAGGAGGGGAGGAGAGAAAAAGAGAGGGAGAAAGCGGAAAAUAGCGGGACUGGAAGCGCUACUGGGUAG